GAGGAAGAUGGCGUCUGCAAAGAAGUCUGGGAGCGGUGUUCUUGAAAAAGCAGUAAACAGAAGACGUUCGUCAAAACACAAAGAGGGUCCAAUAGGAUGCUGGUAACCAAACCAUUUUGGUGACCAUUGACUUCCACUGUAUGGAUAGACAAAAACGCUGAUACAUUUACCAAAUGAUCUUCAUUUAUCUUCCACAAAAGAAAGGCUUUGUAAAACGGCACUAGGGACGCACAAGGACUCCAGCAUGAGUUCUGACGAGGUGAUGGACACCAAGGCAGUGUUCACUGCUUUAUAUGAUGUGUGUGAAGAAAAUGCUGCCUUCUUCUCUGGGGCCACAAAGAGCCAAGCCGGGGACACAGCUCAGCGCCUGGUGGAUGCCAUGACCACCAUUCAGGAGCACGCCCGGAGCCUGGAGCCUGUCAUAUCUGGAUUCGCUGCCAUCUAUCACCAUUUUGACUUUGACCCUCAUAUCCCCGCCAAUGGAUAUCGCUCCCUUGUUAAGGUGGUGCGCUGUUGCCUCCUCCACAUCAUUCACAAAGGGCGCUAUAUCACAUCCAACAGGCGAAGCAUCUUUUUCCGCGCGAGCCACAAUGCAGCAGAGAUGGAGGCGUACUGUAGCGCUCUGUGUCAGCUCAGGGCGCUGCUCUAUCUAGCUCAGAGACUGCUUCAUGACAACAGCCACGGCAACCUCUUCUUCCAGGAGGAAAGUGGCCUCAGUCAGAGCUUCCUGAGAGAGUACGCCUCCAUGCACAAGGGCUGCUUCUACGGCCGCUGUGUUGGAUUUCAGUUUACUCCUGCCAUCCGUCCAUGCCUGCAGUCAAUUGCUAUUAGCCUGGUUGCCUUUGGAGACAACUACAAGAAGCAUCAGUCAGGGAUAGGUGUAGCAGCCAGUUCUUUCCUGACCUCUGGGAAGUAUGCCAUUGACCCAGAACUGAGAGGUCAGGAGUAUGAACGCAUCACUCAGAACCUGGAUGUUCAUUUUUGGAAGACAUUCUGGAACGUAACAGAGACUGAAGUUCUAUCUAGUCUGGUGUCUAUGACAGCCACACAGGUGAAGGUGAAUCGAGCUCUUUCUGUUCCCCCCAUGCCCUUUGAACUGCCGUUGGUGGCAGAUCCCACCCACACGGUGACGGUGUCUCCUCCUACAGCUCAUAUCGGCCCGGGGCCUGUGCAGAUGAGACUGAUCUCAUAUGAGCUGAGAGAAGGACAGGACAGUGAGAAAUUACUAGCACUGUGUCGCUCAGAGGGGGGCCCGAUAUCUCUUUCUUUGGGCCUGAAGACAAAGCGCAGUCCUCCUUCCCCAUGGCUGGUGUUGCACUUCCACGGAGGAGGCUUUGUGGCACAGACUUCCAAAUCACAUGAGCCGUAUCUGAGGAGCUGGUCUCAAGACCUGAAUGCCCCCGUCCUUUCGGUCGACUAUUCUCUGGCCCCUGAAGCCCCGUUUCCUCGGGCUUUGGAGGAAUGCUUCUAUGCCUACUGCUGGGCCAUCAAGAACCACAACCUGCUAGGUUGGACCGGUGAGCGUGUGUGUUUGGCCGGUGACAGCGCAGGAGGAAAUCUGUGUGUGACCAUGUCGAUGCGGGCUGCUGCUCACGGCGUGCGGAUGCCGGAUGGCAUCGUCGCUGCGUACCCUGCCACCCUGCUCACCGUGUACGCCUCGCCAUCCCGCUUGCUCACCCUCAUGGACCCUCUGUUGCCCCUCAGUGUGCUCUCACGCUGCCUCAGCGCUUACGCAGGCACAGAUCCACAGGUGGAGAAGCAGGUGGAGAAGGUGAGCACUUUGAGCAUGGUGAGGAGAGAUACUGCCCUGCUGCUCAGAGACUUCAAACAGGGGGCCUCCAACUGGAUCCAUUCAUUGCUGGACAGAGGGAGUGCAGACUCAGUAAGAAAGAGUGUUUCAGAAGCGUCUUUGACCUCUCCUCACGCAGACCCUCCGGUGUCCGGCAAGGCAUCUGAAUACUCUCUGGAGAAGGGGUCUCUGAAGAGCCAGACGUGCCAGGACUUGGGCACACACGCUAACAGCGGUGCCAGCAACGUACAGAAAAAUGCCAACCACCUUAGCACCACCACAGCCAACCACAACUCCAUCCUUGACAUCACACUGACACCCGAGAGCAAGCCCGAGGAUGUGAGUUUCUUCCUCUGCAAAGAAGUGGAUCCCUCAGUAUCAGAAUCCUUUUCAUUUGUGGCCAUUCCGCCCCCUUGUGGUGAGGAGGACUCUGAGAAUCCCCGGGAGUUUCCAGAGGGCUUCGAGCCUCUGCGUUCGGAGCAAUUAGCAGAGAUGAACGUGCAGAGUUCUCCCAUUGUCAGAAACCCCUACAUGUCCCCUCUUCUGGCUCCAGACAGCAUGCUAAAGGGACUACCUCCAGUACACAUAGUGGCCUGUCAUCUGGACCCCAUGCUAGACGACUCUGUGAUGUUUGCCAAAAGGCUGCGAAAUAUCGGUCAGCCAGUGACCCUGUGUGUCGUGGAUGACCUUCCUCAUGGCUUCCUCAGUCUGUCACAGCUCUCGAGGGAGACUCGGGAAGCUGCUAACGUAUGCAUGGAGCGAAUCAGGGAUGUCUUCACCAUGAAAGACCCUCCCCCAGAGAUGCGCAAGCACCGCAAACUGGAACGGACCAACCAGAAGCCUUCUGCUACCAAAAGAGACCACACUCAGCUUUCGCAAGUGACUGUGCAGGAGGAGGAGGAGGGGGAGGGGGAGGAGCUAUUUGUUGGGGGAGGGGCCUCUGUUGUGGAUGAGGAGGGGCUUGCUGGUUUUUACCCUCCCACUAAAGCUGAAGCUGAAAAGAUUCCAGCUUAGAUUUUGGCCUGAAUGAUACCAAAAGAGAUGCAUAUGGGUAGAGUAAGGUCAUAUUAUGUGAAUAAUGCAGUGAUUAUAGCGGACUAAAGUAUAGAGAGAAAAAUACAGGAAUUAACUAACUAUUAAAUGAAAACUUAUGAAAGACACUAAGUAUUUAGUUAUAGAGUGGAUAAAGUACAAAUUAGAACACCUCCAGCUUUAUAACUCAAAUGUGAUUGUGUACACAUGCAGUCCCUUUACAUCUGUUUACCACCUUGCCUUUUGUUGCAUUAUACCAGCAAAAAAACUAAUAUCCUGCCUUCUACAGAAACAUCCCAGCACAUAACCGUCAUUGAAAGAGGAUGUAUAAACCCCAAACCUCACUCCUUAUAGCAUUAUAACUGUUCUUAUACGUUAAUGAAAACUGUGAUUCAAUAUUAUACCAGUGUGCUACAAUUUAAACUCCAUAGAAUGCAUUGCUGCUAGGCAUCCUGGGGCUAACUGACAAAAGCAUUUAUUAAUGGUUGAUUUUUUUUAAUUAUUAUUUUUUUUUAAUAUUCUUUAUAGUAGCUUUUGAAUUAUUUAUGACACUGAAUUAUAAUAUGGUGUUACUGUGUAUGUUAAUCACCUUUAUUAAUCUACCUGCCUCUCGGCUCCUAGAGGACGUCCUGUGCGAGUAGCGUUUGAAUAGGAUUUCUGAUGCUGCUUUGUCCUCAUAGAGUUGAGUGUUUAUUAAAUGCAAUCAAUCGUGAUAAAAUUUCCCACAAGCGUUUUGUGGAAGGAAAGCUCAAAUUACACAAAGCCGCACCGAAUUUGUGAUAUAGUGUUACUUGUGUUCUAUGGUGUCCAGUCUUGUUAUACUUAAAAUAAUAGUCCAUUUUGUUAUAUAUUAUCUAUUGUGUUUGGUUUGCUGUAAAGUGCUAGUUAACCAAAAAUUUAAAUUCUGUCAUCAUUUUUUCACCCUCAAAUCAUUUCAAACCUGUAUGACUAUUUCUUUUAGAACGUUUCAGCUAUUUUUGCCCAAAAUAUGAUACCACUAGGGUCCAAAACAAAGCAUCACGGGGCUCCUUUGACUUUUAUUGUAUGGGCAAAAAAACAAUGAAAGUCAUACAGUUUUGGAAUUACUCAAAGGUGAGUAAAUAAUGCCAGAAUUUGGAUGAAUUUCCCUUUCAAGUCUCAAGUGGUGUUGAAGUGGCAUAAUUUGACUCGUUAAGAUUUUUGUUUAUCAUACUCAUACUAUAAUCACAUUUAUCUGUACAGUUAUACUAUAGAUUAGUUUGCUUGUCAAAAAGACAAGAAUAUAUGUAUACUGAUUUAAAAACUGGACACUCCAUCACCUCCUUUCCCUCUGGGUCGUUCUCUGACAUGUUGGCGCAAGCUUCUGUUAUUUUUCCCUAUCCCUUGUUCCUUCAGUCAGUUUGUUUCCCUCUGUUAACAAUCGUGUCGUCUGUCCCUGUGCACGCUGACCCAUUUUGAGCACAAGCUUCAAUUCUCACCCAGCCCGUCCUAGAGGUAUUUUAAGCAGACUCCCUUAACGCCCAGCAACCUUGAGCCAAUGAAUUCUUUCAGCCUGCACAUGUGUGAUGCAUACCGCUGUGAUAGCAUGUCUCUAUUUGAAUCAGGCCGCCUCUUUCUCUGGCGCUAAUUGACACUAUUGACUCUCCGGAAAAAAAAAUAGCCAACAUUUUGCCACUCCAUAAAGUUUAGUGCUGUAUGGGAGGUUUGGGCCUUUGUGUGCACAGCUUAGCUGAGUGACAGCUAGUGGCCUCAACUCCUAAAGUGUGUUUAUAUAGCGCGCACACCCUAUUUAAAGUAUUGUCGACUUUAUUAUGAAACAGCAAUGAGUUAUAACUCCACUUGCUGUCAUUUUAAGCUUCGCUCAGCUAAGUGGCACAGCGCAUGUCUUUUGGGACUUUAUAUAUCCCCGGCAAAGGCCUCUUCUUUAUCGGUGUGUCUAUGAUUGGAUUAACCCAGAGCUAUGUGCUGAGAGAAAACAAUGCUCCAUCUACUGCUGAUUGCAGCAUUUGAGAGUUAGUUUAUAAGAGCGUCACGAUAUAAAAAGAUUUGCUUGCUUGCUUUUUUUCACCGUGUCAGAGCUGCUCCUUUCUGGUGACAGAUUUGAAAUACCAAAUCUGGGAUACUCUGCAGUUUCUGUCGGCGUGCGUAUGUUACACGCGUCUAGUCAUUUGUGCUUCUGGGUAUUUUUGUCAGAUGGUUACUGUUUCAGUCAGUUUGGUUCUGUUUGUGCAUGUUCAGAAACUUGUUUGUCGCACUUUGUUAUAGUGGUGCAUGGAAAAGCUUCUCAGUGCCAUUGUGCUUGUAGAUGUAAAGGCCAUUGUGUGUAGUCCCUUCAUGGAACCAUGACUAAAACAACCAGAACUGGGAGAGGAACGAUAAGACACUCUGACGCCCUCUGGUUAUCCGUUCCAGUCAAGUUGUCUCUGUAAGCCUUUUUUUUUUAUUUUUGGUUGGACAAUGUAACCUUGAAUGCACUGCUGAGCAUUUCCACCUUGUUUUUUCCACGUUUUUUGUGUGUGACUCUCAAACUGCCUCCCUGAGAGAGAGAUUACUCAUUCAUCUCAAGGGUGUUAUAUAAAACACCAUGUUAAUUUAGUCCUGUUUAAAUGGCCAUACCUGUGUCACCGAGGCGAAACUCUGCUGCAUCAUCUCCCCUCAGAGACACAAGCCCACUGAGUCGUGUCACUGCAUUUUACAUCUGUUCUCAAGACUAAUAGUCAAUCUGUCACUGAUUUGGAGUUUUAAUCAGUAGGUUGGUGUUUUGUUGUAUUAGAAUGGAUUUGCUGCAAGUGGUUUUGAGCUCCUGUCCUCUUGAAGUCCACUGAUGGUGAUGUUACGCAGUUUAAGUGCAGGCUGUAAUGACCACUGCAGUAUCAUUUGCGAGGGUGCUGAUGUCUGUUCUCUCCUCAUUUUCACUGCCGUCAUUGAGUGAUACAAAAUCCAGAACUGCACUGUAUGUCCCAGGCAAACUUUUUAUGUUCAGUCAGACCUGAUGUUUUCAGGACAAUCUCUGCAAAUAAGCACUUUAUAGUUAAGUGUAAACAGCAGCAUAUGUGACCCUGGACCACAAAACCAGUCAUAAGCAGCACAGGUAAAUUUGUAGCAAUAGCCAACAAUACAUUGUAUGGGUCAAAAUUAUCGGUUCUUUUUUUUUUUUUAUACCAAACAUUAUUAGGAUAUUAAGUAAAGAUCAUGUUCCAUGAGGAUAUUUUGUAAAUUUCCUACUGUAAAUAUAUCAAAACUGAAUUUUUGAUUAGUAAUAUGCACUGCUAAGAACUUAACUUGGACAACUUUAAAGGCGAUUUUCUCUAUUUAGAUUUUUUUGCACCCUCAGAUUCCAGAUUUUCAAAUAGUUGUAUCCUUUAUUAUUUAUUCAGCUAUCAGGUAAUGUAUACAUCUCUAUUUUCAAAAAAUGCCCCCUAUGACUGGUUUUGUGGUCCAGAGUAAUAUAUAGGGUGGCAUGGAGCUUUCAGCUGGCCGAGUUGUUUUAUUUUGAUUAUGUGAUUAUUUUUAAUAAUAACUAUUAAUUAUUGAAAUUAUUAUUAUAAUUGCAGUAAGUUUAAUAGUAGUAUAUAAGUAAUAAUAAUAAUUAUUAUUAUUAUUGAUAUUCUUGUUAUUAUUAUUGUUGUUAUUAUUAUUCCUCCUGUAAAGACACCAUAAGUGCAAACCUGUGUAUUUGGAAUGUACUGUAUAUGCGUAGAUGACAUUUAUUGUAUAGAGAGACCAUAAUCUUAAGUUGUUGUUUUUUUUCUUUCUUUCUUCGACAGA